AUGGUGUGGGAGGCUGUGGAAGUUAAGCUGCCGCAGGUAGUGUCUGAAUCGUUGGCACUGGAUGCUCGUCAAAGAUCUGCGUAUGCGCCGAAUGUUCAGGUCAAGCACUACUCGAGCAGCGAGCGCGCACGCUCGGGUGAGAAAGACCCAUUAAUUCCGGAAGGCGAGCUGCACGAACUCAUGAAGGAACAUGUAAAUUGGCUGCUGGACCAAUUCUCGCACAGCGCGGUUCACCUGGAGAUUACCUACGGAGCCCCUCGCGCCAAGAUACAUUCCCCCACAUGUUACAUGUUUGGACUAAAGUCUGAAUAUAUGCAUUCGGGCAAAUUGCCGGAGUUGGACGUGCCGAAGAGAAAUAAGGAGGUGUUAGAUCCGAUAUUGGCGGCUGCAACUGCAGCGAUUUUCGAAAAAGAAGUUCACUUCAGUGAUCCGUCAUCGGUCACCGAGCCCGUUAAAGAGACUGCCGAGGGGCCUAAAGUUGAUAGCACGUCACGCGAUGUUGAUAUGGCCUCUGGUAUUGAGAUAUCCGACGAUGAGGCAUCUGGUGACAAUGAAUGCAGUUCUGGAACGGAGUCUGACCGUUCCGAUGGAGGCGUAAAUGCUACAAGAAAACGUCAAACUGUUGUGAAAGACAGGGAUGCACCGUCUCCUAGUGCUGACGACGGUUCUGCCGCGGAUCAAGAAACGCUUUUGAAUCACAUGCGAGCACGGUUCGCAGAAUUAGAGACUUCGGUGAAGUUCGAGGACACUAUUAUGCAUGACUAUUAUGCACCCAACAUAAGGCAACAGUUGGAUACUUCUGCUUUAGAAUCGCAGCUGUUUAGCGCUGUCGCUGCCAACGCCCCCACCACCGACGAGAGCUCGAGAAACGAGAACAGACUGGACAAAAGGGUUAUUGACAUUCUUGGCAAGGGCAAUGUAGUUGGGUUUUCAAGGAUUGUUUCGUGGAUACCUCAUACUAAGGCUAAGUUACCACCUCACCUGCUGCAUGACAUGCUAAUCUGGAAGAGCUGGUUGAUCAACGGCCAACAUCUUUGUUUUUACGGCGCUGGGUCUAAGCGACAGCUGAUAAAAGUCUUUGUCAAGUUUGCAUUACGUGACGGGAUAUGCCUGACGGUGGACGCGUUCCGGGUCAAGGGUAGUACGGGUGAGGUGUUUUGGCAGCUAUUAAGGCGCGAAUUGUUAUCUAAGAAGAUGACAAUGACCGUUCCUGAGUGCAAAAAGGCGGUGUUGAAGCGUAUUGCCACCAUGCGGAAGCCAUUUUACAUAAUUGUAUAUAAUUUUGACAAUUUGGCGACAAUUGGAGCUUUGAAAUUACUACGUGCGCUAUUUCGCAUAUCAAACGUUCGCUUGAUUGCUACCAUGGAUAAUCUCCGCUCGAGCAUAGUGGUGUCGUUAUUUGAUCAAAUUCUACGCCGAUACAAGUUGAUACGUUUAAACACAGGAAUGGACUACCGCGAGCUGGCUUCCCUAUGGGAACGCACACCGCCGCGAUUUAUUGCGCGUGAUGAGAACCAGAAGAGCGCCACCGAAAUGCAGGCUAUCAUCGAGGCGUUGAGCGUGAACCACCGGCAGCUGUUUUCGUUGAUUGCCCAGAUGCAGCUCGAUGGUUUGAGAAGUCGCACACGUUUUGAUGGAGUUGAGAAAUACGGUCUCCUGCGAGAGCCUCGGGCACUAACAAUUUGCAACAGCGAGAGCAAGUUGGACGCAUUGUUGACCGAGUUCGUUACGCAUAACGUGGGUUGA